AAAUUUUAAUUCUUACCUAUCUUUCAAUUAAUAUAGAUACUUUUAAAUUAAAUUCAUCAAUUUAAAAUUGAUGAAUGUUUAAAACUGGCAUAUAUGAUCAUCAUACGAAUGUUUCUUGGAGCUGGAGUUGGUUUUGGUAACCAGUUCCAUUAUUCAUAUCAGAAAUUGUGUGAUUUGUGUCCAUUUCUUGUCUAAUUACUAAUCAGGUUGAUAAUCUUACAACCCUUUAGUAUUAUCAAAGAAUCAUCAAUUUUAAGUUUAAAUUUCAAUGAUACAGACCUUGAUCUGAAUUUCAACAGGCACCGAAUAGGAAUCAACAUAUUAUGAUAGCAAUAAGUUGAAUCUCAGCUGAUUGCAUUAUUAUUUCAAGAACCUUAAGGUAAGCAAUUUAACAUAUUACUAGUCUUGUUUGUGCUUACUGUUGUAUGUGCUGCUUUUGUAUAUUGUUUUGCCUCCAAAGUGUUUGAUAAAAUGUAUGUAGGAAGCUUUUGGGAUUAAUACUAGGAGAAUUGCACAAACAUUCUCGAUUUGUUAUGUAGGUGAUUAUUGGAUAUCACAUCGACGUGAACCCGAGUAGAAUAUCCGGGUAGAAUUAUGGAUCAGCAAUAAAUCCCGUCAAUUUUGUUAUAAUUUUGUGGUUUAAUUGUGGGUUUUUUUCGACCUCUUGUUGUGAUUCUUUUUAUCUAAUGUCUUUUGAAUCCUUUGUUUGCAGGUCUGUAUCAAUUAGGUUCAUGGUGAUGGGAUUUGUUGGAUCUUUUAUUAAGCUUAUCUUUACCCCUAUCAACAACAUCAUCGUUGCAUCUUGAAACCAGCAAUUCAAUUUCUAUCAAUCUGUUCAUGAAAAUUUGUGGGUUGAUUAUUGAUUGUUAGAUAAGAGUUUAAUUUCAGAUUUUAAUCAUGUGAAAUUUUACAUUAGCGGUCAUGUUUUUGGUGCCUCUAAUGAACACUAUGGUUUGAUGUGAGCUUCUCCCUAUCUCCAUUAUAUGAUAAUUGAUUAUGUGAUAUGAAAAUCAACUACUGAAAUUAGGGUAAUGUUCGUAAUUUAUACAUAAGGGUAUCCUUAGUGUUAUUUAGGUGUUACUUAGAUGUACUUUUGGUGUUUUUAAUGUUUUUAGGUGUAUUCUAAAAGAUAAACACUUCUCCGGCGGCACAAGGCCUGAUCAUGCUCUUCAACUACAAGAAGGGUUGCUAUGGUUUGACAGGUUCUUCACAGAAUGAAGCUUACGACUUGGGGCAGCUUGAGCUGCAUAUUGGAUGGGAUUUGAAGGACUAUGAGAAACAAAUGAAGUUUCUUGAUCUUGAAGGACUGUUAUGUUUAUUGGAAGAUGGGUUUUUUCAUGGCUUGGUGUCUUGUGAAGCAUUAAAAACAAGUCACAAAGCUGUCAACAUAGAAAAUAAAGAGACAGCAGAAUAUGAGGGAAUUGUGUCUGGUUUUUGUAAAAAUAAAGAGAAAGCAGAAACAUUAUGAUUUGUAACUAAUGACCGAUUUGCAAAUUGCAACUCAUGAAAAUUCUGCGUGGGCCAACAUUUGUUUAUCAUAUAAAAUCAAAAUUAAAUUAA